AUCUCCAGCAGACCCCAAAUAUCCACUCUAAGUAAAACAUUGAACCGUCUAUACAAAUGUGACUUUAGGUCCCCCGCCCCCAUUCCAGCCAGAUUUCUGGAAAUUCUGUAAGCCACCAUUUUGCCCCAUCUCUUCGUCCUGACCCUGUUUAGAAGGAAAAACUAAGCUGAGGAUUGUGGGCAGAAGUGACAGCUUUGGUAGGAAUUGCGUAGAAAGGGGUGUGGCUGGGGCGGGGUUAAGGAAGCAGGAGGUGGGACGGACUGAGUGCUAAGGCUUAUUGGGCAGGUAGUUGAGGACUAUGGGCGGGGCUGAAGAGAUGGGGCUCUAAGAAAUGGGAUGGCUCAAACUGGCUUAGGGGCCGGACAGCAGAAAGUGAGAGCAAUUUAGAAUGGAUGGGUAGAGUUUAUCUGAAGGGAAGGGCUUUAGGGUAAACUGGGAGACCAAGGAGUCAGGAGCGGUGGGACUUAACGGUUAAGAGAAGUUGAGGAGUGGGCAUGACUGCUAUUCAGGCCAAGGGAAGACAAGUGGGUACCUAAAAGAAAAGUGACUAAGGGAAGUUCCUGCGAGAGGGGGAGCAUAGCAGAAUGUGCUGAAUAGAACUGGGCUUAGUUGCUUGGGGUGGGGCAGAGUUAGGGGCAAGGUUUACAGAGAUAUGAGAGGGCCAAGCGUAAAGUGUGAGAAAACGGGCUCUGACUUUAUCUUGCAUCAGAAUCACCUAAGGGCAUUUUAUUUUAUUUUUAAUUGAAUUAUAGUUGAUGUACAAUAUAUUAGCGUCAAGUGUACAACAUAAUGAUUCAAUAUUUCUAUACAUUAUGAAACGAUCAUGAAAGUCUAGUUACCAUUUGUCAUUAUACGAAGUUAUAGCAAUAUAGUUGACUAUAUAUUCCUUUAUGUUGCACAACCCUAUGACUCAUUUUAUACCUGGAAGUUUGUGCCUCACCUGAAGGGUAUUUUAAAAUGCAGAUCCCUAGACGCUACCCUCAGGGUUUCUGAUUCACAAAUUCUGGGGCGGGGAGCCUGAGAAUUUAAUUUCUAACAAUUUCCAGGGUGAUGAUGCUGCUGCUGGUCUCCAGGUCAUUUGAGAACCACCGAUUUAAGGGACUACCUUAAAAGUGCGAGGCACAAAGAUCACAUUGAAGUUGUGGGGUGGGGGAGAACUUAAAAACUAUGGGGCGGAAGGGACGGGGGUUUAACACAGGAGGCGUGGUUGAGCCUAAGAAGCUUGGAGGGGCAGGCUCUACAAGGGAGGCGUGGCUGAGGGUGGGGCUUAGGAGGAAGAGGUGGGAUUUAGAGAGUAGGGGCAGGUAUGGGGGUGGGGAAUAACAAAAUUCUCGGGGCUGGUGUAAGGAGGAUAACUAUUGAGUUGGUGGGCGGGCCUCGUGAUUAUUAAGCUCUGAAUGAGCGUGAUUCAGACCUUGGGGCGGGGAUUAAGAGUGAGGUUUGCUCGAGGGGCGUGGUUUAACCGAUGACGGAAGAGUGGGCGGUGCCCUAAGAAGGAGCGGGCGCUCAGAGCGCAGGCGCAACUUGCUCAGCUCGCUCACCGGAAGUGGUCUAGGCUUUCCCCGCCUGCAUCCCCGAUCCAGCACGCAGGCGCACUUUUUUCCCCGGGUCGCCGCCGCUGCCGCCGCCGCCGCCGCCGCCGCCGCCGCGCCUCCGCCUCCUCCUCUUCCUCUUUCCUCUCCACGCCGGCGCCUCGGAGACAGGCGCGACUUCCGCUUCCGGGCAGGCGGGCAGGCAGGCAGGCGGCGCGGAGCUGCCGGAGGGGGGGGCGGCACUUCCGGUCAGGCCCUCGGGUCUCCCCGGAGCUGCGGCGCCUCCUCCGCCUCCUUGGUUUCCUCCCGGCGGAGACCCCGGCGCCGGGUCUCACGUCCCGCUUGGCAGAGAUGGAGGCGAAUGCUGCUGCUGGCAGCGGAGGGGGCGGCGGCAGCAUUGGGGGUGAGGACGGGGUGCACUUCCAGAGCUACCCCUUUGACUUCCUGGAGUUCCUCAACCACCAGCGCUUUGAGCCCAUGGAGCUGUAUGGGGAGCAUGCCAAGGCGGUGGCGGCACUGCCCUGCACCCCUGGGCCUCCGCCGCAGCCACCGCCGCAGCCACCGCCACCGCAGUAUGACUACCCUUCCCCGGCCACUUUUAAGCCCAAGGCUGAGGCCCCUUCGGCGGCAGCGGCGGCAUCCUCCUCCUCGUCGUCUUCCCAAGCCAAGAAGGCCGAGCCGCCCCUGCCGCCAGCCUUUGGAGCGCCCCCGCCCCCGCUCUUCGACGCUGCUUUCCCUGCCCCGCAGUGGGGCAUCGUAGACCUUUCUGGACACCAGCACUUAUUUGGGAACCUGAAACGUGGAGGCCCUGGGUCCGGACCAGGGGUGACUCCAGGGUUGGCCAGUGCUGCGGGGACACCUGGGCCGCUCCCUGCGCCCUCACAAACUCCACCAGGCCCCACCGCCGGGGCAGUCUGCGACCCCACUAAGGACGACAAGGGCUACUUCCGCCGGCUGAAGUACCUGAUGGAGCGGCGCUUCCCCUGUGGUGUGUGCCAGAAGUCCUUCAAGCAGUCCUCGCACCUGGUCCAGCACAUGCUGGUACACUCGGGGGAGAGGCCCUACGAGUGCGGCGUCUGCGGCCGCACCUACAAUCAUGUUUCCAGCCUCAUACGCCACCGCCGCUGCCACAAAGACGUGCCGCCGGCCUCUGGGGCCCCGCCACAGCCGGUCGCGCCUCUCCCACCGCUGGGCCUACCCACACCACCCGCCGCUGGGGCAGGCGCCCCCACCCCAGCCCCCUCCGGCCAGCCCGCCACGCCUGCGGCCUCAGCUGAUGGGAAUGCAGCCCCUGGAGCCCCAGCAGGCGCAGGGGCGCCCCCUCCGGCCACGGGGGGCGGUGAGGGCCCCUUUGCCUGCCCGCUGUGCUGGAAGGUCUUCAAGAAGCCCAGCCACCUGCACCAGCACCAGAUCAUCCACACAGGCGAGAAGCCCUUUUCGUGCUCCGUGUGCAGCAAGAGCUUCAACCGCAGGGAGAGCCUCAAGCGCCACGUGAAGACGCACUCGGCCGACCUGCUGCGCCUGCCCUGUGGGGUCUGCGGCAAGGCUUUCCGCGAUGCCGCCUACCUGCUUAAGCACCAGGCGGCGCACGCGGGCGCGGCGGGGCCCCGUCCUGUGUACCCCUGCGACCUGUGCGGCAAGUCCUACUCUGCGCCACAGAGCCUACUCCGCCACAAGGCUGCGCACGCGCCACCUGCUGCCCCAGACGCACCCAAGGACGCGGCAGCCUCUGUCCCACAGCCUGCGCCCGCCUUCCCUGCGGGCCCCUACCUGCUGCCGCCCGAUGCCCCCGCCACCGACAGCGAGAAGGCUGCAGCGGCCGCAGCGGCUGUGGUGUACGGUGCCGUGCCCGUGCCGCUCCUGGGCGCGCACCCGCUGCUGCUUGGCGGUGCGGGCACAAGUGGGACAGGCGGCGCGGGCGCCAGCGGCCCUGGAAAGACAUUCUGCUGUGGCAUCUGUGGGCGCGGCUUCGGGCGCCGUGAGACCCUAAAGCGCCAUGAGCGUAUCCACACGGGCGAGAAGCCGCACCAGUGCCCGGUGUGUGGAAAGCGCUUCCGCGAGUCUUUUCACUUGAGCAAGCACCACGUGGUGCACACCCGCGAGCGCCCCUACAAGUGCGAGCUGUGCGGCAAGGUCUUCGGCUACCCGCAGAGCCUUACACGCCACCGGCAGGUGCACCGACUGCAGCUGCCUUGCGCCCUGGCUGGGGCCGCCGGCCUUCCUACCACACAGGGCGCCACAGGCGCCUGCGGGCCAGGUUCCUCGGCCACUUCUGCUGGGGCUGCUGAGAGCCUGAGCUACGCCUGCUCUGACUGCGGUGAGCACUUCCCGGAUCUGUUCCACGUCAUGAGCCACAAGGAGGCCCACAUGGCCGAGAAGCCGUAUGGCUGCGAUGCCUGCGGCAAGACCUUCGGCUUCAUUGAGAACCUCAUGUGGCACAAGCUGGUCCACCAGGCUGCCCCAGAGCGACUGCUCCCACCCACGCCCGGUGGCGCGCAGACCUCAGAGGGCUCCACUGGCGCCGAGGCGGUCAGUGUGCUGGACAACGGGCUGGCGGGGGAGGUGGGGGCAGCCGUGGCGGCACUGGCAGGGGUGUCUGGGGGCGAUGACGCCGGUGGGGUGGCGGGAGCAGGAGCUGGCGGAGGCACCAGCUCGGGCCCCGAGCGCUUCAGCUGUGCUACCUGCGGCCAGAGCUUCAAGCACUUCCUGGGUCUGGUCACUCACAAGUAUGUGCACCUGGUGCGGCGGACCCUGGGCUGCGGCCUUUGUGGCCAGAGCUUCGCCGGUGCCUACGACCUGCUCCUGCACCGGCGCAGCCACCGGCAGAAGCGGGGCUUCCGCUGCCCGGUGUGUGGCAAGCGCUUCUGGGAGGCGGCUCUGCUGAUGCGCCAUCAGCGCUGCCACACAGAGCAGCGGCCCUACAGGUGCGGCGUGUGUGGCCGAGGCUUCUUGCGGUCCUGGUAUCUGCGGCAGCACCGCGUGGUGCACACAGGCGAGCGGGCCUUCAAGUGCGGGGUGUGUGCCAAGCGCUUUGCGCAGUCGUCCAGCUUGGCUGAACACCGGCGGCUGCACGCUGUGGCCCGGCCCCAGCGCUGCGGUGCGUGCGGCAAGACCUUCCGCUACCGCUCCAACUUGCUGGAGCACCAACGGCUGCACCUGGGCGAGCGCGCCUACCGCUGCGAGCACUGCGGCAAGGGUUUUUUCUACUUGAGCUCCGUGCUGCGCCACCAGCGUGCCCAUGAGCCGCCGCGGCCUGAGCUCCGCUGUCCGGCCUGCCUCAAGGCCUUCAAGGAUCCCGGCUACUUUCGCAAGCACCUGGCGGCCCACCAGGGCGGCCGGCCCUUUCGCUGCUCCUCCUGCGGUGAGGGCUUUGCCAACACCUACGGCCUCAAGAAACACCGCCUGGCCCACAAGGCUGAGGGCCUUGGAACGCCUGGAGUGGUGGCCAGCACUUUGGCCGGGAAGGAGGCCUGACCAGCGGGGCUUCCUAUCCACCACUCCAGUCAGAUAUCGCCUUCCAGACUUGCCCUGCACUGGCUGCAGGUCAGACUCUGCCCCUUUCUCGCGGUUGCUCCUCCAUCCUUCAGAACUUCAGACAGACUAGCCUUCUUCAAGGCCAUGCUGUACAAACUCAAGGCUGAAUUACUCCUGACUUGGACCCCUCUGGCCCUCCUCUCAUCUCAUCUAACACUGAACUUGACCCUGUGUCCAACCCCAUUUUGUAACCCUCAUUAGCCUGGCGCCCCAGCAGCAUUCUGUCCCGCACAAGCCUCUGUGGAGGUAGGCUUGAACUGCCCCUCCCCCUUCCUUUGGGAUCCAGCUGGACAGUGGGAUGUGAGUGGGGAGGGCGCAGGGGGCCUGGGUCCUCUUUUGGAUUGUGGGGUGGGGGGUGGGGUGGCAGACGUGGCUUGUACAGAGCAGAGAUAAUAAACUUUAUCACCAGGGCCAUGGAGUUCUUUCUUACACCCCAGGGGGAAGGGGUUAAGUGCUGGAUAACAGAAGGCUGACAGCUUGUUUCCUCAGGAUUUUGACUCCCCCACACACUCUCACCGUCAUAUUCUUUGCAUGUCCUCAUCCCCCGGUAUUUACUGAGGGUUGACUGCAUUCUGGGUGUGUCUGCAAGCUGGGCAGACAGCAGACCAAGAAGACAGGUAAGUGCUCUCAGGAAUGUUCAUGCCUGGAUGCCUUCCCUUUCAAGUUGCCAUGGCAUCUGUUCCCUUGGCCCAUACCUCCCCGAUCUCCCUGUCUGCUGGGCCCUUCGCUGGCCACCAGGAAACACAGGACAUGCUCCUUGCCCCCGAGUGAGAUGGAAUAGAAUUCCCGGUGAGCCGUUGCAAGUUCCAGCCUUGUGUGGACUCACGGUUAUGGUACAGCUUGCUAUAGCACCUGUCCCUCCAGGAUAAUUUGGGGAUGCUCCAAAAGCACUCUCACAGCCCUUAUUCAUGUUCUCAGAGCAGUGAGCUGCACUCCCUGCAAUGUGUAUUUAGUUAUGCCAUUUGUUAGGAAGCUGAGGUCUGAAAGAAGGAUGAGGCUCCAAGGACACCUGGCAGAUCCAUGGUAGAGCCAGGGCUGCAGUCCCAGGGCCUCCGUGUGAAACUUAAAGGCAAAGCCGGCUCAGAGGGUACUGGGCAAGUCCAGUGUGACCACACACAAGGGUGGCCACUAUGCUCUAAUGGAGGCCCAGCAUGAGAUCUCAUGCCAGCGUCCUAGGAUUCAAAAGUCAUAUGGAUGUGGAGCACCACACAGUUAAGGACAUUGGGGCUUAGGGAGCAUGGAAUUGUUGCCUUAUCAGACUGGGAGCUAAACCAGCUUCCUGGAGGAGAAACUGAUGCCAAAUGAUGACAAAGCCCUGGGAGCUUGCCAGGUCAAGUGGGUGGUGAAUUACAAGUGGAGGUUUAGUGUGUCUGGCUAAACCUUACUCUUCCAUUGAGUUUCAAAUAGAUUAGGAUGGCUGGAGGUGUUGGGGUAUAGGCUGCUGGAUCUAGAAGGGCCUUGAGUUCCCACUGAUGAGGCUUGGAUAACCCCAGAGGCUGGAAGCUGGCUGCUGCCAGGCUGGAUCCAAGCCACUGACAUCUUUGGAUUGGCCCAUGCU